AUGGCUGACCCAAACCAGAACCCUUCACCAGAUGACAGCAUACUCCCGUCCCUGCGCCGGUUCGCGUCAGCCGAUGACCUUGCUGACUUUUUGCACGGGCAGGAUCCAGGCGACACCUCUCUCCCAGCAGGUGAGUCAGGCGAUGGUGUCGGGGAGGGUGUGAUACCUCCUGCGACUGCUUCUCUUGAGGAACAACUCGUUCGCUACUUGGCAGAACAGCAAGACCUUGAAGGUGAGGACACUACUGCCAGUGCCAGUGACGGUGACGGUGACGGCGAUUCCGAGUACGAGUGGUUCUCGUACCAAGUCUACUUUGCCGAGGAGGACCGCUUACUUCGUGCCGGUGGUGCUGGUGCUGGUGCCGAUGCGGGUGGCACUACCAACGUCCCAGCUGGCGGUGCUCUGAACUCUCAUCCCCCAAUGUUUUUCGGAAGGGCUGCCAACCCUGACGAUGACGAUGGCAAUGACGGUGAUGAUGAUGAUGACGACGACGACGACAGUGAUAACCCCUACGCCGACGCGAACCAAGUCGUUUCUAACCUCAGUGACGAAUCAAAGGACGACAACGACGAAGAAGAAGAUAUUAAUGACGAAAACAACCCCCAAAUAACCCCCUGGCACCCACGCCUGGUCGUUGCGCCCAGCAACCCAUUCCGCCAACGCCGCCCCCGCCACCGCAGACCACCCGCCCACGUCCACGACGGCGGCCGCGCCAUGCUGUUCUUUGCCCUGUACAAUUUGCGCCAUGCGCGGGACCGAUCAGCCAGGGAGGCUGUGCAGCGGGCUGUCGCGCUUAAGAGGGAGCGGGAGCGUCAAGCGGAGCGCGAGCAAGCCGAAAGACUCGAGCGGGAGGUUCAAUUGGAGAACCGCGUCUUGGGGAUCGGCGGAGCCGGGAGCAUCUGGGGUGGAAUGCGGCUUCGGCGGGACGAGAGGGAUGGGAGGCCUGUUGUCGAUGAUGUUGGCAGCCAUGGCAUUGGCAUUGGCAUUGGGGGUUUUCGGGGUGAUGGUGUUGUUGUUGACCGCGGUAAUGGUGGUGGUGGUGGUGGUGGUGGUGGUGUUGAUGACAAUGCCGCCGUCCCCGCCGUCGUCAUGAAGGAUACUUUUGAUUAUCGCAAGUUGGCGACGGCCGGGGCGAGGCGGGAGAGGCAGUUGAUCGAGGCCGGCGAGGAGGGCCAGCGUGGGUUUGAGUGGUAA